ACGGGAGAAACUCGCGCAUGCGCAGAUUAAUUUUCGAAUUUUAGCACGGUGAGCUUCAUGGUGUAGCGUCUCGCUGUGAGAGGAAACAAUGGCGACUGCGGGAACUGCGGCGACUGCGGCGGGCGGCACGGGCUCGGGAGGAUCAACGGCCGGUCAGGGUGGAUCCGGUGCUUCGGUAGGCAGAAAAAAGGACGGCGGGCCGUCGGCUAAAUUUUGGGAGAGCGCUGAGACGGUUUCUCAACUCGAGACGGUUCGGCUGUGGAUCGGAAAACACUACAAAAAGUACGUCCAGCCCGACUCUCCGUCCUGUAAAUCAUUAGCGGGACUGGUGGUUCAGCUUCUCCAGUUUCAGGAGGACGCGUUCGGACGCAGAGUGAGCAACCCGGCCCUCACCAAACUGCCCGCAAAAAGCUUCUUGGACUUCAAAGCUGGUGGAGCUCUGUGUCACAUCCUGGGAUCUGCUUACAAGUUUAAAAGUGAACAGGGAUGGCGACGGUUCGAUCUGCAGAAUCCAUCCAGGAUGGACAGAAAUGUUGAAAUGUUCAUGAAUAUUGAGAAAACUCUCGCACAGAAUAACUGUCUAACUCGGCCAAACGUGUACAUCUCAUCCGACGUAGACCAAAAACAGGCCAGCAAACUGAAAGACAUCAUCAAGAGACAUCAGGGCUCCAUCACUGAGGACAAAUCCAAAGCCACACAUCUUAUCUGUCCAUCUCCAGCUCAGACAGAGGAAGAGGAGUGGCUGCGUCCCGUCAUGCGCAAAGACAAACAGGUGCUGGUUCACUGGGGUAAUUAUCCCGACAGUUAUGAUACCUGGGUUUCCACCAGCGAUGUGGACGGUGAAAUUGAGGAUCCUCCGAGCUCGGAGAAACCGUGGAGGGUGCACACCAAAUGGGUCCUGGACACGGACGCGUUUAACGAGUGGAUGAACGAGGAAGAUUAUGAAGUAGACGAGAACAGGAAGCCGGUCAAUUUCCGCCAGCGCAUCUUCCCUAAAGAGGAGGAGUCUUCCCGUACACCUGAUCGUAAGGAGCGAAAGUCUCUGGGCGGAGGGAAGAAGAGGCGGCGCUCCCCGUCCCCCCCGAGCACCCCCGCAGAAUCCCGCAAGAAGGGCAGCAAGAGAGGGAGCUCCGGGCCGCACUGGAAGCGCAGAGGUCAUCGUGACGAUGAUGAGCAGGAUGAAGAUCUCACCAAAGACAUGGAGGAUCCGUCUCCUGUUCCGGGAAUGGAGGAGGUUUCUCUGCCCAAAAAUGUUAAUCAGAAGAAGGACAGCGAGAACGCGCCGGUUAAAGGAGGAACCAUGGCUGAUCUGGAUGAACAGGAAGACAGCUCUGUGGGUUCUGGGGGGAAGGAUGAUGAUGAACAGAGUAAAACGGAGGUAAACCGUCUGAUGGACUCUGGCGAGGAUAACGUGACGGAGCAAACGCAUCACAUCAUCAUUCCCAGCUACUCCGCCUGGUUCGACUACAACUCGAUUCAUGAAAUAGAGAGACGAGCCUUGCCCGAGUUCUUCAAUGGAAAAAACAAGUCUAAAUCCCCCGAGAUAUAUCUAGCGUAUCGUAACUUCAUGAUCGAUACGUACCGGUUGAACCCUCAGGAAUACCUCACUUCCACUUCCUGCAGACGCAACCUCACUGGAGACGUGUGUGCUGUCAUGAGGGUGCACGCGUUUCUGGAGCAGUGGGGUCUCGUUAACUAUCAGGUGGAUGCGGAGAGCAGGCCGAUGCCCAUGGGUCCUCCACCCACACCACACUUUAACGUCCUGGCUGAUACACCGUCAGGCCUCGUCCCUCUACACCACCGCCCUCCGCAGGUUCCUUCAGCUCAGCAGAUGCUCAGCUUCCCAGAGAAAGGCAAAGAAAAACCCACAGACCUGCAGAACUUUGGCCUCAGGACAGAUAUGUACUCCAAGAAGAACCCUAAGAGUAAAGGAGGAAGCGGUGCACGAGAUUGGACCGAGCAAGAAACUCUGCUGUUAUUAGAGGCUCUGGAGAUGUACAAGGACGACUGGAACAAGGUUUCUGAGCACGUUGGCAGCCGGACGCAGGACGAGUGUAUCCUUCACUUCCUGCGUCUGCCCAUCGAGGACCCGUACCUGGAGAGUUCGGAGGCGUCUCUCGGACCCCUCGCCUAUCAGCCUGUCCCCUUCAGCCAAUCAGGAAACCCCGUCAUGAGCACUGUGGCCUUCCUCGCAUCCGUGGUGGACCCUAGAGUGGCUGCGGCUGCCGCUAAGGCUGCUCUCGAGGAGUUCUCCCGCGUGAGGGAGGAGGUCCCAGCCGAGCUGGUUGAAGCUCAUGUGAAGAAAGUUCAGGAGGCAGCAAAGAGCACGGGGAAAGUCGACCCCUCCUACGGCCUGGAGAGCAGCGGCAUCGCGGGAACCGCGCCGGACGAACCGGAGAAAACCGAACCCACAGAAACGGAGAAGGUGGAGACGGAGUCAGAGUCUCAGCAGGGAGAGAAGACGGAGUGUAAGGACGAGACGGAGAAAGCGAGCGAGGCA